AGUUUGAGUGUGUGCGCGCGCACGUGUACGCAUGUUUGUGAGUUCGUUCACGCCCACGCGCACUGGGGAUUCCCCUCGUGACAACAACAGCUUCGCCUUUCAUAUAUUCAGCUCCUCUUCUUCCUCCAGAGUCCGGACCUUAUCGGCUCUCAGUGCUCACAUUCUCUCCGCCUGGAGCUCGAGUGUGACCGGAUAUGUAGACGACGACGCUUCGACUGUUUCGAAGUCUUGAAGCACCGUUUGCUACCCGGUCACAUCACGGAGCAACGCGGGGCCACCACAACCGUGAGUAGCCGAUAAACCCUCGGGGAAGGCGAGUCCGACUCCACCACCAUGGCGAGCGGCGACUGCAGGAAAGACGAGGCGAUGGAGGACAACCGCACGGACUCGGGCAUCGAGUCGUACCGUUCCCUGCAGAAGGGGAAAGAAGAGGAGCCCAGGGAGCCGAGUGGGGACUUCGGGGCACCGAGGGACAAGUUUUCCGCCGUGGAGGAGCGCCUGGACUCGGCCUAUGGCUCCUCGUCCAUCACGGUGGAGAGUCUGACAGAGAUAGUUGGGGACUGCACGCUUUCCAGCACCGAGGAGCAAGAACAGAUGUCUGAACUGUCUGAACAGGAGGAAAACCUGCUCACCACUAUCACUGAAGACGGAGACACAAUCCUGCACUUAGCAAUCAUACAUGAAGAGGAAUUCAUCACUCAACAGUUGAUAGAGAUAUUCCCAAAAGAAGUCCUGGACAUCCAAAACAACUUAUAUCAGACCCCUCUGCACCUGGCCACAUACCUGAACUUGACCGAGGUGGUGAAGGGUCUUCUGGAGAAAGGAGCCAGUCUAGAGCUGCAGGACCAGGAUGGAAACACAGCGCUCCAUGUGGCCUGCCAGCACGGGCAGACAGAGUGUGCCACAGAGAUGACUCGAGAUGUUUCCCCAAGCAAGCUGGCGCCGGUCCUCGAGACGCAGAACUGGAGAGGUCUUACCUGUCUUCACUUGGCUGCACUGAACAGGCAUCAUCACAUUAUGAAACUUCUGAUGAAAAAGGGAGCGGACCUAAACAUACAGGAAGGAACCAGCGGCAAAACAGCUCUUCAUCUCGCCGUUGAACUGCACGACAUCACAUCAGUAAAGCUGCUCCUCAGCAGGGGAGCCAACGUGGACGAGGCCAUGUUCAAUGGAUGCACGGCCCUGCAUCUCGCUGUCGGGAGACAGGACGCUGCGAUCGCAAACCUCCUCUGCCAGUCAGGCGCUGACACGAUGCUGAGGAACAUGGAGGAUGAAACCGCGCUGGAUCUGGCUGACGGGAAUGAUGAUAUCCUGGCUCUCUUUCCUUUCGAUGACAUCCAGAUCUCUGGGCGAUCAGUGGUCGGUGUGAAGUUUUGAGCAGAGUCUCAGAAAAAUCCUUCUGAAAUAGUCUGGGAUCUCACCGCAGCUGGGACUUGAAGAGAAAAAGCUUUUUGGACUGAAGUUUUAAUAGUGCCUCAUUUUGUAGUGGAUUCUGAUCUGAUCAUUUUUUGUCCAUUAUCUAGACAAAUAUGUGCACCAUGUAAAUCUUACUUCCCUCUGACAAACAGAGAAUUUUAGCUUAACACUGUAAAAUAACUUUGAGUCAGUUUUUUUUGCUUCUCAUGCCUCAGGAGGGGUUGCAGAAAAUCCACCUCAAUGUGAGUGCCAAACUUUCUAACGAGAUCUAUUGAAAAUUCUACCUCUUUAUUACAGGAACCGUGUUUGAAAGGCUAUGGAUGGAACAUUCAAAGUUUCAGUUUAUCAAACUUUAUUAGCAAAUGAUUGCAUUUGUAUGAUAACAUGCUUAUAUUUCCUGUAAAUGUGGCAUUUCUUGUGUAGCCAGAGAAGGACUGUUUUGAGGCGUGCAUUGAUGGCAGAAGAGAGUUACAAAAUGAUAAACUAUCACUGAGUCCCAAAGAGACUUGCAACCUUUCAAAAAAUCAACUAACAAUUCAUAAAACGUGUUUCCUGAAUACAAAUGUAAUAUAUAAUUCAUUAAUGUAGCUUCAUCUUUUUGAUUUUUUGGCCACUUAAAGUAAUGAAAGGAUUUAUCUUAUCCUUUAUCGGACUGUUCUUUGGUGUGAAAUUACUCUGCCCUUCUAGUUAAUAUAAGCAGUUUGUUUAUUUUGUAAUAAAAUGAAG